UAGUCAAAACAAACGUAGCCAGGUAGCCUAAGGAAGAGAAACACCAACUUCCACUCCCCUUUCCCCAAACACCCACCAAAAUCAGUCUCCCUCCAAAAAAAUAAUUCCAAACUCCUUGUAUUCAAUGGCUGCCUUCGGUAUUACAUCAUAUCGAGAUCGUACGUCGGAGUUCCGAUCAUUAUCAGAAACAUUGAUGAAGAUCGGUGGCAUCUCCGCCGUCAGUUCCGCCGGAAUUCACCCGUCAACGGCGAUUCAAUCAGCGGAGCAAACAUCCUCAUCGUCCACGAGAUCCGAGUUCAGGACGAUGGCUUCUCGAAUCGGGUUGCGUAUUCACGAAGCUAAUCGAAAAGUCUCCCGCCUUUCCCAAAUGGCAAAAAAGUCUUCAAUGUUUAAUGAUCCUACAGUGGAGAUACAAGAGUUAACAGCCUUGAUAAAAGACGAUAUUACAGCAUUGAAUGUAGCAGUUGCAGAUCUACAAAAUCUUCACAACAUGGAAAUGGCUAAAAAUUAUUCAGAUGAUAAGGCCAUUCACGCAAAUGCUAUAUGUGAUGACAUAAAAAACAGACUAAUGGCCGUUACAAAGCAGUUCCAGGAAGUAUUGACCGCUAGAACAGAGAAUAUCAAGGCCCACGAAACUAGGAAACAGUUAUUUUCGGCUAAUGCAUCAAGAGAUAACCCGUUUCAGAAACCCAUAACAGAGCCACCUCCCUGGUCAAAUUCAUCAAAUGUCCCUACAAGUGUGCAAACUACCCUCAGAACACCAUCAAGUGGAGUCCAAGCGGGGAGCCAACUUAGGCGGAGGUUGGGUACUGAGACUGUACCAUCCAACAACGUGGAAAUGUCUAUGCUUCAGCAGGUUGCUCCUCAGCAAGAGAGUUAUUCACGAAAUCUUGCCACUGAUCUUCAGAAUGUGGAAUCUACAAUCUCAGAAUUAAGUGGGAUCUUUACACAUCUGGGUACAAUGUUGGUACAUCAGGGGGAGCUCGCCAUUAGGAUUGAUGAUAACAUGGAAGAAUCCCUGACCAAUGUAGAAGGAGCUCACAGUGCUUUACUGAAACAUCUGACCCGCAUAUCUUCAAACAGGUCCUUGCUUAUCAAACUGUUUGGUGUUUUAAUAUUGUUCCUGGUGGUGUUCAUCUUCUUUAUUGUUUAGUUUGUAAAUGUUCUGCAUUACCAGUUUCUGGAAUUCAUCACAUUCUUUAUUUAGUUCCCUUCUGAAAUGCCAACUUUGUGGUAUCUCCUAAGGAUGUAUUACUAUGUCAUGUAAAUAGAAAUAGAUGACCAAAUAUUCGAUUUGGGAAAGGCAUUUUUUAAGCAGCAUUUCUGAAAGUCUACAGCAUAUGGAAAGCAUUCGCCAUUUCCUCUUCUA